AUGAACUUAAAUAAUUUAUCACCAAUUCAGGUUUUCGUUCGAAUCAAACCCAGCAGUUCUAAUGAUGAAGAUGAAUUAGUUCCAUUCAAAAUUUCGAAUCAUAAUACAGUUCUGACUUUAUCUAACUCACAUCGAUUAUCGUUUGACAACAUCUUUUCACCUGAAUCAACUCAAUAUGAUAUAUUCGAAUCAAUUACUCCUCUUCUUCAUUUACCAUUACAUGGUUAUAGUUCAACUAUCUUUGCAUAUGGUCAAACAAAUAGUGGUAAAACAUAUACAAUGUUAGGACCCAAUGGUAAAUUGUCUCUCGCUGCUGAUUCAAUGGGAAUUAUACCAAGAACAAGCCGGUAUUUGUUUGCUGCUAUACACGAACUUACAUCUUCGUCUUCGUCGAUUCAAUAUCAAAUACGUGUGAGCUAUUUAGAAGUCUACAACGGUCGUGUUUAUGAUUUACUAAAAAAGAGCGAUCAAAAGAGUAACAACAAACUCCAUUCCCUGAGCAUUCGCGAAGAUGGGCAGGGUAAUAUAAAUGUUGCCGAUGCAGUAGAAAUACCCGUGCACAGCAGCUUAGAAUUGGAGAAUAUAUUGAUACAAGGGAAUCAACGGCGUGCAACUGCUUCUACAUAUAUGAAUUCAUCAUCAUCACGUAGUCAUGCUUUGUUAAUUCUCUGGAUCGAACGACGAGAACGAUCAACAUCGGCAUCAUCGCGAGAAUAUACAUCAUAUUUGGGUCGUUUAAAUUUGAUUGACCUAGCCGGUAGUGAAGACAUCUCACGUUCAAAAGCUGAAGGCGAUAGAUUUCGAGAAGCAGUCAAUAUCAAUACUGAUUUAUUACAAUUAAGAAGAGUAUUGGAUGCUUUGUCAACAUCUUCGCCGCAUAUUCCUUACAGAGAUUCGACAUUAACUCGUUUACUUCAAUCGUCAUUGACAACAAUGCAAUCCAUCACAAUUCUUAUUUCUCAUAUCAGCUCUAUGAAUAUCGAUCUCUAUGAAACUCUUAGUACAUUAAAAUACUCUCAAAUAGCUAAAUGCGUACAGCGUACAUCGAUUCCUGUACCGAAAUUAUGCAAGAAUAUUGACACGAGUGACGUCAUGUUCGGCGAUUACAAUGAUCCCGUACAGUAUUUUCAUCGUCGCACAGUUUAUAUUCACACACCUUCCUAUGGAAAAAUAUUUGCUCGAAUAGCAGGGCAUCGACCUGAGGAGCAACAAAAAUGCAUACUACUCAUUCAUGGCUCUGGACCUGAAAAUUCUUCUAUGUAUUGGAAUGAUUUUGUAAGAAGGUUACUAUCGGCAACCUCGCCAUCUCCCUAUUAUUUCGUUGCUGUUGAUUGUCCCGGCUAUGGUCGUUCGGAAGGUAAUAAAGAAACAAUUCGUUCGUAUCCUGGUGAUUUUAUUCAAGAAAUCAUCAGUUGUAUUUCACCCAUAACACAUCAAGUAUACUGUCUCGUUGGUUCAUCUCAAGGAGCCGCUGCUGUGUUCAAUGCACUGGUUGACAAACCCAACAUAUCCUUAUUUUUAGCUGUGCAAGAUCCUGUCUCUCACGAUCCUCAACGUUUUGUAUCAAUAAAACAACCUGCACUACUGAUGUAUGAUGUAGAUGAUGCUGGCCAUCCUGUUAGUGUUGGCAGAUUAGUUAGGAAAUAUAUUCCAACGAAUCACUACUAUGAAUUUUCAAGUUUAAAAGAAUCACACUGGCUAGAAGAUAAUGCCCAUUUGAAAUUACUACAAUUAUUUAAUGAUUAUGACACGAAUAAAGGUGCAACAGCAUCUUCCAGUACUUCUCUUCCUGCGUGUGUGUCGGUCGCAGGUGGCAUAGUGUCAUAUUUAUCGUCAUACGAUCGUGAGCCGUUUUAUGAAUAUUCAAGGAGAGAGUUGGAAUCAAUUUUAUCAACAUAUGAAAAUCAGAGUGUUCAAAAUGACGAUCUAUUCGUUGAAAAAAGCGAACCUGAACAGAUUGAAGAUGAGGAAAGUAAAGCACAACGAUUAGCUAGAGAAUUAGUUCAAACACAUUGCGAUUUAUGUGGCCAAGACGUUGGUAACAAUAAUAUUCGACUAUCUGAUUGUCGUCAUUUAUUAUGCUAUUCAUGCUGUUGCGAAACAAUCAAACUGAAUUCGUACGAAUGUCCUCUGGCUGAUUGUGCAACAAGACUGAGCAUAUCUUCCUCACAACUAUCAUCCUAUCCUUUGCCGUUCUCGUCAGCAAAUGAAAAACAUAUCAUUAUCCAAUUUGGAAAUUCUUGUAGAACAAUAUCAGCAUCCAGUCAACGUUAUGAAUACACCGCUUAUGUGAAAUGUAAAACGAAAAAUAUAAUUGAAAAUGUUUCGUUUGAUAUCAAUCCUGGAUAUCCAAAGAGUGCUAUACGUGUUUCCGAUGCUCCCUAUGAAUUAGUUCGGAUAAUGAACGCAGAAUUCGUCUGUGAUUUCCUUAUUCGAUGGAAUAAAGCGUUGAAUUGGCCGAAACUACGUAUCACUUAUUACGUCCAAAACAAAGAAGAAAAUUUUAUGAGAAAUUUGUUAGUGAGAAUACCAAAUCAAGGCAAUACAAUGACUAAGCCACGAAAAUCACCUGAAGAAGUUGUGUAUCACUGGGCUGACAGAGACACAACAAAGCCAAAUAUCAACUAUAUAAUUUUGUCAUAUAACUAA